CAUGUUACAUAACAUGUAGUGUUUUAUUGGAGGGGUAUGCCCUGCAGGAGGUGAAAAGUACUGUGAAUGUGAUAGCUGGAGCACAAACUGCAGCUUCACUAACAGCCAUGAGCAGCACACGCAGUCAGAUUAGGCUCAAAGAAGGGAGACGGGGCGGGACGUGAGCUGCUAUUGCACAGAACUGAUUGUCACUCACACUUAUGACCACUUCCUGUGAGAAAAUGACAAGACAUGCCCAGCCCUCACUUCAGCCUACACACUGAGCAGAGAGGAUCUCUGAAAUAAUGACAGAUUUAAGAGCAUUUUGUUGGCAAUAGGAAUCUGAUAUAAAACGAACUAUUGAGGGCACAUAUAGCCCAUGAUGCAUUCUGUCACCCCCAAGGAUUGCUCUACCAUCCUACACAGCACAAUGGAGCCUCCAGACCCGAAGUACACUAAAACUUUGAUUUGUUGGAAAAAAAGAGUGCGUACGGAAUACAUACGGCUGCAGCAGCUGAAACGUUUUCAGUCCAACACAGCAGCUAGGGUGUUUUAUGUAGAAAACUUGACAAAGGCGCAAGAAAGGGCAAAGCUUUUAAAUGAAGACUGGAAGAAAUUAAGGGUGCAGCCCAUUCAAAUGAUGAAACCUACAAGUGGCCACCCAUUCUUGAAAAAGUCCACAGUAGAAAGCAGUUUCCCUGGUUUUGCCGUCCAGACCAUAUUUAUGAGAUCUUUAAACACCGUGGCUUUAGUGCCCAUCAUGUAUUCAUGGUCACCCCUGCAGCAGAAUUUCAUGGUGGAAGAUGAGACUGUUUUAUGUAAUAUUCCUUACAUGGGUGAUGAAGCCAAGGCAGAGGAUGAGACCUUUAUUGAGGAACUGAUCAAUAAUUAUGACGGCAAAGUGCACGGAGAAGAAGAAUUAGACUUGAAAACAGCUGUCUUAUCAAGUCCUCGAUUACAUGACCGUGAGCGGUUAUUCAGGUUUGGCCAGUCCUUCUCCUGGGGACAAAAUAGUACCAUCAAAACAGGUUCUGGUCUACUGGAUGAUUCUUCCUUCCUAGAGCUUAUGGAAGCUCUUCUUCAGUACACAGAGGAUGAAGAGUCAAAGCUUAGUCCGCCUACUGAAGGAAAAGGAGAGGAAGUAAAGGAAGAGGGUCCCAUGACCAGGAAGAGGAAACGCAUUGCUGAAGAGGGUAGCAAGAUAGUCUGUAGAAGCCUUCUGCCAAACGACCUGAUCUUCACUGCAAUAUCAGCUGUGUUUCCAGAGAGAGGCUUUCCUGAAGAAGUAAAAAAACGGUACAAAGAACUGACAGAAGUAUAUGAUCCUCACGCAUUGCCUCCCCAGUGUACUCCUAACAUUGAUGGACCAUGUGCCAAAUCUGUGCAAAGGGAGCAGUCUCUUCAUUCCUUCCAUACUCUCUUCUGUCCCCGCUGUUUUAAGUACGACUGCUUUCUACACCCUUUCCAUGCAAGUCCUAAUGUGUACAGGAGAAGGAGUCGAGAAAUAAAGAUUGAGACUGAGCCCUGUGGAAUUCAUUGCUUCUUGUUGCUGGAAGGAGCAAAAGAAUAUGCCAUGAUGAACAAUCCCAGGUCCAAAUGCUUGGGGAGGCGUCGCCGGAAAACCUCAGCCCAAGCUGCCUCUGGUUCAAGUACAUCAAACUCUGCUGUAAUGGAAACUAGAGAGGGCGACAGUGAUCGAGACACCGGCAAUGACUGUGCUUCUAGCUCUUCAGAAGCAAAUUCACGGUGCCAAACUCCUACCAAGCAGAGGCAGGGAAGCCUCAGUGGGGAGCUUCCAGACGUGUCUGAGUCCAGUGAGCCAGUGGAAUGGACUGGAGCAGAGGAAUCACUCUUUAGGGUUUUCCAUGGAACUUACUUCAACAACUUCUGUUCCAUUGCUCGUCUAAUGGGCACCAAGACAUGCAAGCAAGUUUUCCAGUUUGCUGUGACGGAUUCAUUGAUCUUAAAAGUACCAGCAAAGGAACUAAUGAGCACUGCACAGAAAAAGAAACGGAAGCACAGAUUAUGGGCAGCUCACUGCCGAAAGAUACAGUUAAAAAAAGAUAAUUCUGCAAAUCAAGUGUACAAUUACCAGCCUUGUGACCACCCGGAUCACCCAUGUGACAGCACAUGCCCCUGCAUCAUGACUCAGAACUUCUGUGAAAAGUUCUGCCAGUGCAACCCAGAUUGUCAGAACCGAUUCCCAGGAUGCCGUUGCAAAACCCAGUGUAACACCAAGCAGUGUCCAUGUUACCUUGCUGUACGAGAAUGUGAUCCAGAUCUGUGUCUGACAUGCGGCGCAUCGGAGCACUGGGAUUCUAAGGUGGUGUCCUGCAAAAACUGUAGCAUCCAGAGGGGACUGAAGAAGCAUUUGCUGUUAGCACCGUCAGAUGUUGCUGGGUGGGGGACCUUCAUUAAAGAGUCUGUCCAGAAGAAUGAAUUCAUCUCUGAGUAUUGUGGUGAGCUGAUCUCUCAAGACGAAGCAGAUCGAAGAGGAAAAGUUUAUGACAGAUAUAUGUCCAGUUUUCUUUUUAACCUCAACAAUGAUUUUGUUGUUGACGCUACACGUAAAGGAAACAAAAUCCGGUUUGCAAAUCACUCUGUUAAUCCAAAUUGUUAUGCAAAAGUGGUUAUGGUGAAUGGAGACCAUCGGAUUGGAAUCUUUGCUAAUAGAACAAUACAAGCAGGAGAAGAAUUGUUCUUUGAUUACAGAUACAGUCAAGCUGAUGCCCUGAAAUAUGUGGGCAUUGAACGAGAGACUGACAUCUUGUAAUGUUAUCAACACUUUAUUGUUUCCUGGACUUCGUCACUGCAACUUGUGAAGAUGCUGUUUGUUGUUGCCUCAUUCUAUUUUUUUCUUUGCAAUUCCCUUUGAAUGCAUUGGGGUUGGAUGCCAGAAAAAUUCCUGAUGAUGCCAGGCAUCAGUGAGCUCUUAUGUUUGCUUAACCAUUUGCUCUGCUGUACCAUUACCAGUGUGAAUCCCGCUUAAUGUAGCAGAGAGAAGAAAUGCAGCGAAGUAGAGAAUGAAUGA